UUGUUUUGUCACUUCGCGCAGUUUCAUGCGCUAUCUCCUCUCUCCAUGUCUCUGGACCGGGAUGGCUUUUGCAAAUGGCGGACAGUUGUUUCCUGUUCCAGUGGCGUACCUACCUUACAGUCGUAGAAUAGUAGAUUGUAUGACAAGUAGGAAAAGUUGCAUAUUCCUGGACGAUGAUAGUGAUUGUAAGCCGAGGCGUUAGCCGAGGCUUACAACUAUCAGAGUCCAGGAAUAUACUUUUCCUACGUGUUAUACAUACUAUUUUUUAGUCGAUAGCGAAUAGUUAAACACCAAAAAUACCAUUUCAAACUAAAUUAAUUUUCUCCAAUUGUCAUUUGGUAUAAUGUCAUUGGUCUAUGCUUGUAGAGAUAGGUGCGCGGAUCGAACCCGGGCGGCGCCUUUUUUUUAUUUACAAUAAUUAAAAGAUGCAAACAUCAAGUUUGUUUUCCGAGCAUGCAUUGUUUGAACGUUACCAUGGACAUGAAGUAAACAAAUCGAAAAUUUUUUCGUUUGUGUGAAUGUGUGAAUUUAUAAUAUUAGUUAGUAGUAUAAAAUGGAUAUCGACGGUGAUUUUGAUGAAGAUUUAUUUUGUGUAACACCACCUGAUGAAGUUUUGGAAGCAGUCAAUGAAGCUACUCUAAGUCUGUUGCCAACUAAAUCGAGGGAAAAGUAUGAAAAUGCUUAUCAACGUUUUAUGGAAUAUAGAUCAAGUAAAGAGCAGUCGAAAGUCUUCACCAACGAACAAAUCGGAGAAUUUAUGAUCAACGCUCCAAAUGAUACUUACCUCAUGGCUAAAGUUGUGGUAAUUUUCGGAAUUUAUGGCCCCUGUCGGCGAGAGGAGUUAUGUAACUUAAAGCUUGCGGACAUUGAGGAUUUGGGUUCACAACUAUUGGUGAAGAUUCCAUGCAACACAGCCAAUAAACCACGGUCGUUUAUAGUAAACGGCACUUAUUUAGGAGCAUACCGUAAAUAUGCAACCGUUCGACCAUCCAAUUUUGAGUGCAAUAGGUUUUUCUUCAAAUACCAUAAUGGUAAAAGAUUUAAGCAAGUAGGGGUUCACCAUCUCCAAAACAAGAAUUGUUCAAUUAAUUAUGAAGUAGAGUCAACUGGACUAUCAAAUUUGAUUGGAAACUGCAAUAAUUGUACUAUUAAUGUACAUAUUAAUAGAAAAUAAACUAUGCAUU